AUGACACCAUUGGCUGGCAUUGACAAAACAAUAAAGAUGACACCAUUGGCUGGCGGUGACAAAACAAUAAAGAUGACACCAUUGGCUGGAAGUGACAAAACAAUAAAGAUUUCACCAUUGGCUGGAAGUGACAAAACAAUAAAGAUUACACCAUUGGCUGGCGGUGACAAAACAAUAAAGAUGACACCAUUGGCUGACAGUGACAAAACAAUAAAGAUGACACCAUUGGCUGGAAGUGACAAAACAAUAAAGAUGACACCAUUGGUUGGAAGUGACAAAACAAUAAAGAUGACACCAUUGGCUGGAAGUGACAAAACAAUAAAGAUGACACCAUUGGCUGGCGGUGACAAAACAAUAAAGAUGACACCAUUGGCUGGAAGUGACAAAACAAUAAAGAUUUCACCAUUGGCUGGAAGUGACAAAACAAUAAAGAUGACACCAUUGGCUGGAAGUGACAAAACAAUAAAGAUGACACCAUUGGCUGGCGGUGACAAAACAAUAAAGAUUACACCAUUGGCUGGCGGUGACAAAACAAUUAAGAUGACACCAUUGGCUGGCAGUGACAAAACAAUAAAGAUGACACCAUUGGCUGGAAGUGACAAAACAAUAAAGAUGACACCACUGGCUGGAAGUGACAAAACAAUAAAGAUUUCACCAUUGGCUGACAGUGACAAAACAAUAAAGAUUUCACCAUUGGCUGGAAGUGACAAAACAAUAAAGAUGACACCAUUAGCUGGAAGUGACAAAACAAUAAAGAUGACACCACUGGCUGGCAGUGACAAAACAAUAAAGAUGACACCAUUGGCUGACAGUGACAAAACAAUAAAGAUUUCACUAUUGGCUGGAAGUGACAAAACAAUAAAGAUUUCACCAAUGGCUGGAAGUGACAAAACAAUAAAGAUGACACCAUUGGCUGGAAGUGACAAAACAAUAAAGAUGACACCAUUGGCUGGAAGUGACAAAACAAUAAAGAUGACACCAUUGGCUGGAAGUGACAAAACAAUAAAGAUUACACCAUUGGCUGGCGGUGACAAAACAAUAAAGAUUUCACUAUUGGCUGGAAGUGACAAAACAAUAAAGAUUUCACCAAUGGCUGGAAGUGACAAAACAAUAAAGAUGACACCAUUGGCUGGAAGUGACAAAACAAUAAAGAUGACACCAUUGGCUGGAAGUGACAAAACAAUAAAGAUGACACCAUUGGCUGGAAGUGACAAAACAAUAAAGAUUACACCAUUGGCUGGCGGUGACAAAACAAUAAAGAUUUCACCAUUGGCUGGCAGUGACAAAACAAUAAAGAUGACACCAUUGGCUGGAAGUGACAAAACAAUAAAGAUUUCACCAUUGGCUGGCAGUGACAAAACAAUAAAGAUGACACCAUUGGCUGGAAGUGACAAAACAAUAAAGAUUACACCAUUGGCUGGAAGUGACAAAACAAUAAAGAUGACACCAUUGGCUGGAAGUGACAAAACAAUAAAGAUGACACCAUUGGCUGGCAGUGCCAAAACAAUAAAGAUAACACCAUUGGCUGGAAGUGACAAAACAAUAAAGAUGACACCAUUGGCUGGCGGUGACAAAACAAUAAAGAUUUCACCAUUGGCUGGAAGUGACAAAACAAUAAAGAUUUCACCAUUGGCUGGAAGUGACAAAACAAUAAAGAUAACACCAUUGGCUGGAAGUGACAAAACAAUAAAGAUAACACCAUUGGCUGGAAGUGACAAAACAAUAAAGAUGACACCAUUGGCUGGCAGUGACAAAACAAUAAAGAUUUCACCAUUGGCUGGAAGUGACAAAACAAUAAAGAUUUCACCAUUGGCUGGCAGUGACAAAACAUAA